AAGUUCUUCAUACUUCAGACUAACUGUUAAAGUCACACGAGAGGUUUUAGUUGUAGUUGCAGUUAUAAAGCUGUAGUUUUGGCCAGUCUGCAGGUUCAACAUGAAUCCGUCUGGUUAUAACAAACCUGGAAAAACUUUCCUUUUCACAUCCGAGUCUGUAGGACAAGGACAUUCUGAUAAAAUGUGUGAUCAGAUCAGUGAUGCUGUACUGGAUGCUUACCUGGCACAGGACCCGGACUCCAAAGUGGCAUGUGAGUGUGUGUCAAAGACAGGUAUGAUCCUUCUGUGUGGUGAAGUGACAUCGAAGGCUGUCGUGGACAUUCAGAAAGUGGUUAGAGACACUGUCAAGAGUAUCGGAUACGAUGAUUCAUCAAAGGGAUUUGACUACAAGACGUGUAAUGUGCUGGUGUCUCUGCAGCCGCAGUGCUCUGAGAUCAGCGACUGUGUGUUUGAAGGCAGAGACAACGAGGACAUCGGGGCUGGAGAUCAGGGUUUGAUGUUUGGCUACGCCACUGAUGAGACAGAAGAGUGCAUGCCGCUGACCAUCCUGCUAGCACACAAACUCAAUGCCAAAAUGAAGGAGCUCUCAAAGACUGGAGUUUGUCCUUGGAUUCUUCCAGAUUCAAAAACACAGGUGACCGUGGAGUAUCGUGAUAACAUGGGUGCUAUGGAGCCUCUGCGUGUUCAUACGCUCGUCAUCUCAGUUCAGCACAGUCCUGACAUCACGCUGGAGGAGAUACGUCACAGUCUGAAGGAGAAGGUUGUGAAGGCUGUCAUCCCGGCCAGAUAUCUGGAUGACAAGACUAUAUAUCACCUGCUGCCCAGCGGGAAGUUCCUUGCAGGGGGUCCACAAGCAGACGCCGGUCUGACAGGCAGGAAGAUCAUUGUGGACACCUACGGAGGCUGGGGCGGUCACGGCGGCGGGGCGUUCUCCGGCAAAGAUUACUCUAAAGUGGAUCGCUCAGGGGCUUACGCCGCCCGCUGGGUGGCCAAGUCUCUCGUCAGAGCCAAACUGUGUCGCAGAGUUCUGGUUCAGAUCUCAUAUUCGAUUGGUAUCAGUCACCCUUUGUCAGUGUCUGUUUUUCAUUACGGCACAUCAACCAGAGAUGAGGACGAGCUUCUAGAGAUUGUCAAGAACAAUUUUGACCUGAGGCCAGGGGUCAUCGUCAGGGAGCUUGAUCUAAAGAAACCGAUCUACCAGAAAACAGCUUGCUAUGGACAUUUCGGACGAGAGGAAUUUCCUUGGGAGAAGCCGAAGAAGCUCAUCUUCUGAUAGACGGAGAAUCAGUUUACAUUCCUUUUGAUUUUUAAUGAUUAUGACUCUACUUAUGCAAAUGCACCUUUACUGUGAUCAAGGCUUUAUAAGAGCUAAAAUGACUUAAUCUAAUACUUUCCUCGAUCUAUACUGCCUUCUUAUCCCUCAUUAGAACCAAGCGUCUUUUGUAUGAAUUAACACUAGAAUUAUUACAUAAUUUAGCUUUUUAUUACCAUUAACGUCACACAUUGAUGACUGUAACAGUGUGAGAAUAUCUGUCGAAUGAUAUUAAAUUCUUUAAAGUGUUUUUAAACUGAGUUUCCACAGAACUUCACACAACAAUAACAUUACACCAUUGUUUAUGUUUUCAAAAAAAUUACAUAAAUGAUAUAAUGUGAAUUAAGGAAUUUACCCUCAAAUCAAACAUUUUUGGUUAUCAGUCAGAUAAAUGAAAAGAAAACUGAUAUAGACAUGUUUUUAUCAUUUAUUCAACACAAUACUCUUUACAAUGUGGCAAUUCCUUGCAUUUAAUUGAACACAAUCACAUCAGCGCAGAACAAACAUACUGUACAGGUUAUUAAAGUUAUGUUAUUGUGGCCACUGUGUAAAAUGAAGAAUGGGUGAUUAUUGGGUGAGCUUCAUUCAUGUGUCUUGCUCUCUGUCCCGUAUGAGAACCGCAGGAGACGCCUGAGCCGUAUCAAUGACAGUAGAUCAGGGUCAUGUCUUGUUUCUGGGUGUAUCAGAGUAAGGAACGUUGUCCAGCAGGAGACUCUUGCGGGGCCGUAACACUAUAAAACACAACACUAUGCAAUAAAUAAACAACAAACCUUAUGGACUAAAA